UGACGACACUUGGAGAUCUUGCAGGGGAUGGCCUUGAAGGCGUUCAGGUCGCUCCUCAACAAACACAGCUUCGGCAUGCUCUGCUCGAACAUACUAUAAAGCGGACUGGAUUUGGAGAUACACGCAUCUUUUCUAGAACGUUCCAUGUGCGAUUCAAGAUGCCUCAUCAAAGCACUGAUCUCUAAAGACAGGAUGCAUGAUCAGUGUCGAUAACGAUUGGAGCUUCAACGGUGUGAUGACUAAACGUUGAGGUUACUCAUAUGAUCGGAGUACCCGUCUAUCUUUGCCAACCUGGUCUUCUGUGGAGACGGAGUGAUUUCCGCCGGCACCAUGGGUACGAGCUACUACAGGGGAUGACCGCAUCGGAGCGACUCCAACUUGCUACAAGAAUAUUGGGAUCUAGAAGUAUACGAGCGGACGUGGCCACCCUAUGUACAGCACAAGCACCGUCACUGAAAUACGGCAGUGGAAAGAGCAGCCUUGUAGAAUGCUGCAGCAGACAGUUUUCGACUGCUGUGGGUGGCUCCUCGUGGAUAAUGUUAGGAGUGCGCCAGCCACACUGCAGAGCCAAUAAUGUUAUGCUAACAGUAUCAUGCCCAAACUGGACGACAUGCAUGGCUAGGCGGGCAGGUCGGCCAUGCCGUCCAGAUACAGGAACUGCGGAGAGUAGUCUUACCCGAUCGGUGAAUGCCAUCACUGGAUUGGGGAAGGUGCAGCUUUGGUCUACCUCGUAUGCACGACUCGCACACUUUAAGUGGGGCGACAGCGCAACGGACCGCAUCCACCUCAGGAACGCCACAGCUACGAUGUUUCGAAGCGAAACCAGAUGUCCCCACAAUGACAGUUCACAUGCUCGAGACCCUGACUUCAGCUCAAGCCACUCAAGCUAAGUGGAGACAUUGUCGGAAUACGAGCACGCACGUGCUGUGAAGAAGCUCAACUUACGUUUCGGCGAUUAGAAUGUCGAGGCUGGUACAGAGAUGAGACUCUCGAGUGGCUCGCUUCUGACUGAGAAAGGCCCUUCGACCUACAGUGGCUGGCUGAACGUACGUUGCUCGGCAUCGGUCUGACGACGACAACACCCCAAGUAGCUAUAACGGAUCUUCCAAGAUGCAAACCAACUCGAUUGGAGCUCUAGGUACAGAGAUUUGGUGACUGAUCAC